CACGAGCUGCACUUAUGUAAUUUGAUACAUUGCAUUUUGCUUUUGUGCUUAGCAAAAUCAGUUAUUAUAACAGUAUAGUUCAAGAAAAUUAAAUUAACAGGGAAAAUGCCAGUUAAAAAUGCUCCAAAAAAUUACAGAGUAUCCCGUCCUCGAACAAGGACAAUGGCAUUUUAUGGGUUAAGGAAUAUUUUAAGAUCCUGUCAUUUUAGCAAUAUUUAAAGUAUGUUAUCAUAUCUUAUUUUUUAAUGUGUGUGUGUGUGUCUAUAUAUAACACACGCACACGGUCUUCCUUACACCUGGUGGCGCCCUAAGUAUAGUCUACCAGUCUUCGAUCUUUGAACAACAACCCCUGGGCUUCUCUGACUCCAUUACUGUCUCUUUAACCAGGAAAUGAACUAAGUAAUAGUUUGAGAACAUCAGCUGUGUGUAAAACAGAAGGUGAUGACGUUUGUGAAUCAUUUAACGUUUAAUUAAACAAAGCAAUCGCAUCUAAAAUUAUAAGUGUCUCCGUUGGCAAUUUUACCAGAUGCAGCUACCCCCAGGGACAUGAAAAGUACAACGAUAUGUGAGCAGAGCAUGGGCAAGCAUUAUAGGAGUCUCUGUAUGAGAGAGCUCCAUCUGAGAUAACUCUCAAUCUGAAUGAGUUAUAAACCACAUAGCAGCUACCCUGAACCCUGAACUUGUGGGACCACGAUCUAGAAUCCAGACAAACGCAGCCACCACCCAAAAACACGAGAAGAUGUCCCAGUCCAGUGACAACGAGGACCAAGGAGGCAGGGACAGUGACCGCGGUGCCCGUCCCAAAGUGAGACAGAGCCGUUCAGAGGAAAGGAGGGAGUGCAGCAGCCGGAGAAGAGGAAAAAAGAAGUGCCAGCUGCCUCAGGCACAGAUAGCGAACCAGACUUUAGAAUAUUUGGAAGAUUUAAACGCAGAGUCGCCUGGGACCAAAGUAUCACCUGUUCUGGAGAGGCGAAAAAGGCUUGGGCAGGAAAGUGCCACCACCCUUCAGGAGCUAGAAUCAGACAGUUCUGUGGUGGUGGAGGAAGAGGAUGCAGGUGGUAGCAAGUUUCCUGGUGGCCGAUCCUUGCGGCAGAAGAUUCAGGAUGCUGUGGGGCAAUGCUUCCCCAUCAAGAGCCAAAACGCUCAGUCACCCACUUUGCGCGCCUCUCGGAGGAAGAUCCACCUUAGCGAACUCAUGCUUGAUAAAUGCCCCUUCCCGGCUGGCUCCGACUUAGCCCAGAAGUGGAACCUCAUCAAGCAGCACACAACACCAAUUUCUCAGCCUGCUUUACUGGAAACUCUGGGCAGCAGUGGUGGAAAUGGAACAGUAGCAGUCAGCGGGGACGACACUAGCUCUAGGUGUGCCAGUGGUUGUUCUUCGGUUAUAGUAGAAGAUGAGGAUGACAGAUUGAGGGAGAGGAGGCGAAUCAGUAUUGAGCAAGGAGUGGAUCCGCCACCCAACGUCCAAAUCCACACGCUUGAGGUGACCGCCCAGAUCAACCCCCUUUACAAGCUAGGACCAAAGCUGGCACACGGGAUGAACGAGCUGGCAGGGGAUGACCGGGCCACUUUACAGCAGCUACGGUUGCAGCAGGAAGAGCAAAAUCCCUUGGACACCUUGGAAGAAGCAAUGCAGGUGGCCUUUUCUAACACUUCUGCUGAUCCUCGUCCUCCUCCUUCAUCUUCUACAUUUUCUCCUUCUGCAGUCGUAGUUGCUCCAGCAGCCCUACCAACUUUACCACCAACUGCCCAAGAGGAGCUCAUCAAGUUCCGGGAGAGCUACCGGGUCCACACCCAAAUUGAUUACAUCCACUGCCUGGUUCCAGAUCUUCUCCAGAUCACCAACCUGCCCUGCUACUGGGGCGUGAUGGACCGCUAUGAGGCUGAAGCCCUUCUAGAAGGCAAACCAGAAGGUUCCUUUCUGCUCCGUGACUCGGCCCAGGAGGAUUACCUUUUCUCGGUCAGCUUCCGUCGCUACGGGCGGUCCCUGCAUGCCCGGAUCGAGCAGUGGAACCACAACUUCAGCUUUGACGUUCACGACCCCAGCGUCUUCCACGCUACCACUGUCACGGGUCUGCUGGAGCACUACAAAGACCCCAACUCCUGCAUGUUCUUCGAACCUCUUCUCUCCAAUCCGACCCACCGCUCCGCUCCUUUCAGUCUUCAGCACAUCUGUCGUGCGGUCAUUUCCAGCUGUGCCACCUAUGACGGCAUCGACAUCCUCCCCAUCCCUAGCUCGCUUAAGGAGUAUCUUAAGGAAUACCAUUACAAGCAGAAGGUGCGGGUUAGGAGGCUGGAUACAUGGUGGGAGAGGGUAUAAUGUUUACUCCUUCUCUUAACAGUGGCUUACUACAGACUACAGCUAUGGCCAAAGGUUUUGUAUCACCUAGAAUUUUAGGAUUGAGACAUAAUAAAAAAAAAUAUAUAUAUAUAUAUAUAUAUAUGAACAUUAUUAUUAUUUAUUUCUUAGCAGACUCCCUUAUCCAGGGCGACUUACAAUUGUUACAAGAUAUCACAUUAUUUUUAUAUACAAUUACCCAUUCAUACAGUUGGGUUUUUACUGGAGCAAUCUAGGUAAAGUAUCUUGCUCAAGGGUACAGCAGCAGUGUCCCCCAGCUGGGAUUGAACCCACGACCCUCCGGUCAAGAGUCCAGAGCCCCUAACCACUACUCCACACUGCUGCCCUAUGCCCUAAUAUAAUUAAAUAUUUUAUUUAACAUCAUAUAAUCAAAGAAACUACAUAAUUAUAAAAAGUCCAGAAGCCAUAAUAGUAGUACAGUAUUUCAUGUUUGAUUUUGAAAUGUCACUUUUUUCAAUUUUUUGCAGUUUUUCUUUGUGUAUGGCAAACUACAAAGCGGUAUCUAAUUCAAUAUGUUAACGUAACAUUAUUCAGCAGGUUAUUCUUGAUUUUAUGAAGUUAAUUCAAUAGGGUGAUGGAAGACUUUUGGCCAUAGCUGUAGAAAAUAAACUAUAAACGACAAGUUGGACAAUGAGAACAUAUGAUGAACGAGCCAAUUGGCUAAAGAAUGCUGGUGGCCAUCAGCUUCCACCCAAGGCAACAAUAUGGAUUACUAAACUAGAUUGCCCUGGUCUGACGUGACACGUUUUUUUUUUUUUUUUUUUGGUGGCCAAAAAUGAGGGCCGGUAUUCUCUGUUUUCUUUUUGCUUACUUUUUAAGGAUUCCAAAUCCAGAAUGGAAAUAACUGAAGCUAUGUGUUUUUUUUUGGUUUGUUUUGUUUUUUCCACAAUACAAACCCUUAAUAACGAGAAUGGUUUUUGUAACACACCAAGUAGGGCAAGAUGUCAUUUUUUGGUCAUGGAUUUUUAUUUAAAGAAAAUUUAAUAAAACCACUGCAUAGCCAUUUGAGAACCUGUCCUGGGAAAGUGGUGCUCCUGAAAGGUUUGGACAUGACUGCUUAUUCCAAAUAGCAUCAAAGCAGAGACAUAAGCACAGAGUAAGUAGCCUAGGGUUGGGACAAUAUUGAAAAUCUCUGAAAUGAUAAUAGCGGGAUAAAAAAGCACGAUAAUUGCGAGGUGGUGUUUGCUCAUUUAGAUGCUGCUGAUUAUACAAAUCUAAAAUACAUCGGUCCCUCGCUAAACCGAGAAGUGUCCGGUUUAAAAAAUAAAACAAAAAACGCAUGCACAUUUUAGUGCUCGAUUUAUUUUAAAUGCAUUAAUACCAUUUCUGUGUUGUGUUCUUUGUACACGUGACAUUAAGAAUGACUGUACAGUGUACAGUAUACAAACGGUAAAAUCAAAUGAAUACCCAGCGCAUUUUUUUUUUACUUUAGCCUAUACGUAGGGCCCUGCCAAAUUCACAGUCCAUUUUUUGUAAAUUCCACAUAACAUUUUUUAAAAUCUUAAAUUUCACGGUUUCAGCUAUGUUAAAUCUUAAAUAAACACAGAACAUUUGAAGCCCUGAAGUUAACAAAGGCAUGUGACUAACAAAGUAGAAACGCUCAAAGAAAAUGAAACUGAAAUCCAGAGGAUCGCUCUACGAUUGUUUAAAAAAAAAAAAAAAAAAAAAUCUGUUCUGGUUUUUAAAUGUCAUUAUAUGCAACAGUAGCUCGAAAACUCUUUACUUAAGACGGUGUUGAAUGUGAGCAUGGAGCAUCCGGCAACUGUGUUUCUUUUCAUAUCUGUCUGUAUUUAGACACAGCUUUGUUGGAAUUGACAGACAGCUCUGAGCAAGCCCAGGCAAAGAAGAAUGUGUCUGUAGCUGGACAAUAUAUCCAGAGGCUAAAUAUAUAAUUUACAUUGUAGCGACGGUAAGAAUGCAAGCAUACAACUUUUAUGUUCCAAAAUAGAUAGCUCUUUUAUUUAGCAACUAGAGUGAACAGCAACACUCACCAGCGCGUGGGACUGAUCUUAGCUGACAGUCAGGGCUACUUACAGCAGCAGCAGUGACAAUGGCAAUCAGCGACUCCAGCAGAUGAAAUCGUUCGGAUAUUUGUCCCAGCACUACUUAAUAGUACACAAAACAAAAACAUAGUUAAUGUUGCCGCAUUUACAAGCUAUGAUACCAUACAGUACCUUACAUAUACUGCAGACAAUAAAGAAAUAAUAAAUUAGUUUUAAAUUUACAUAGAAUAACUGUACGCGUGGCUGCAAGAAAAACACAUAGCCUACCUGCUAUUUUCUAAAAUAGUCCACAGUUGUUUUCUGUUAGUAUGAUAACCUUAGUGUAGCAUAUUUUGCACAUUGGGAACCUCAGUUUUCUCCAAGACUACCGAAAUAACAAAACCAUCGCAAAAGCCUCACAACCACAUCGUUAGGGCUGAGGUGGCGACUGCUCGAAACCACUUAUUUAAUAUUACUAGAACAGAUGGAAUUGUGGAAUAAUUCAACCAAAAAUAGCUUUAAAAAAAUCAGCUGUCAUUAAAAGGCGGUGAUAAUGAAUACAAUAUCAUACAUUUCCGAUAACUCUGUAAUUAUUUUUAUGAUGCAAUUUUUCUGUUCGAUACAAUAUUAGUGAGUUAUCGUAAGUCGUCCCAACCCUAAUAUAGACUGUUGCUAGUGUAGUCCUCCAAACACAUAAUUGUAGUAUUUAUGAUUAUGCCAGCUACUGCCUCAACAUUACAUCAUAACAAUUUAGAAUUGGACAAUGGAACUACACCUAAAUACAAAAAAAAACAAAAACUUGCAUGUAGCGAUUGUAUAGGGAUAGUUGGCCUCAACUUGCUAUGCAGUGGUGAAUGAUUUUAAGUUAUUUCCAUGCUUGCCCAUUUUUCCAUUGCACUCACAAUCGCACUGAACUACUGAGCUGAGAAGAGGCAAGACAAAGCCUCUCAAAGCUAAAUAAAUACUGACGAUGGCAUUAUUCACCGCAAAAAGCCUACUAUCUGCAGGACGUGAAGUUGAACCAGGCUGGGUGGAGCUAGUGUUGCACAAGUUGGGCCAGUGUGGAGCUUGGUAGCCAACAGUAUGUCUGCCUCUUAAACACAGCAUCCUUACCCCCUGAUGUUGAAGUACUAGUGUUGUGUUUCUGUUGCCUUCAAUAUUCUACAUUCCUGCAGAAUUCACACACUGACAAACGUAUUCGGUUUUUUUUUUGGUCUGCUAGUUCAACAGCCCACAUCACACAAACAGGUGCCACAUGGGGGUUUGCUAGCGACUUGUGCAAGUAGUAUUUGCAACAGUUUGAAAAAGUGUUUUGUUUAAGGUGAUCCCCCCCCC